AUGAUUUUCUGGGGUAAAAAAAAAACAGAGUUUGAUUAGAAUUAAGCCGCUUGAAAAGAUGGUGCAUACAAUUGAUAUGAUCCUGACUGUUCCAGUAGAGGACGGCGGUUUUCAGGGUUUUGGCGAUGAUGGGAUUGUUGCGUUUGAGGUUGUAAUUGAGAGCAGGCGUGUCGGGGGAGAUGUCAGUGAGGAUAAGGUUGGUGAGGCCGAGGAGGCAGUAGAAGGCCUGCCGGUGGCACCGCAUCCUUUGCCCAGCGUAAUGGCGCCGCAGCGGCUGAAAACGAGGAUGUGCGAGUAGGCUGUUGGGGGAUAGCGUUGGGCGAACUUAGAGAGGACCAACGAGCACGGCCAGGCGGCGGUGCCGAGGUUGAUGAACCGUUGUCUUGCUGGAAGGAGAGAGGAAGGCGUUGUCCAAAAACAGCUCGAUUACUGGUGAGUCUGUCCCGCGCGUGUUUGUAAAAUGCUUGCGUGCUUGUGCUUGAGCUUGGGCUUGAGCUUGGGCUAGGAUUUAUCUU